AUGGCGAUCUGGAACAAGAACAAGAACGGCGCGACCCACGGCGGCGAUGCGGUCGAGACCGCGCGGGAUCCAGAGCACGGUAUGAAGGUCGACGAGAUGUUCAAGGAGACGUCGAGCGAGGCGCCCUACGUCUACCAACCUGGGACGGAGGAGGAGCGUCUCCUCGUGCGCAAGAUCGACAUUCGUCUUUUCCCCAUGCUCUGGAUCAUGUUCUGCAUGAACUACCUGGACCGCACCAACAUUGGCAACGCUAAAGUCGGUGGAAUGGCGCACGACCUCGAGCUCACGUCGUCACAGUACUCGCUCGUACUGUCCAUCUUCUUCGUCGGCUACCUCCUCUGGGAGGUCCCGAGUAACAUGAUGCUGUCUCGCUCGACGCCGCGCAUCUUCGUCCCAACUCUUAUGGUGAUCUGGGGUGCCAUGUGCAUCGCCGUCGCGGGCAUCCACAAUCUUGGUGGCAUGGUCGCCUUCCGCUUCGUGCUCGGUCUCGUCGAGGCCGGUUUCUUCCCUGGUAUUAUGCUGGUCAUUUCGUGCUGGUACAAGCCCGAGGAGAUGAGCAAGCGCGUCGCAGGUCUCUACUCUGCCACCAUGAUGUCUGGUGCCUUCGGUGGCCUCCUCGCUGGUGGCCUCAUCGAGGGCAUGGAGGGUAUCCGUGGCAUCCGUGGCUGGAAGUGGAUGUUCAUCAUCGAGGGCAUCAUGACCGUCGCCAUCGCUUUUGCAGGAUACAUCAUCCUCCCCAACUAUCCCCUCACUACCCCCUGGCUCACCGAAGACGAGAAGAAGCUCGCCAUCGCCCGUCUCGUUGCGACAAAUGACCGCGCAGUUGACUUGGAUGCGGAGGAGCGCGUCUCGCACUGGCAGGGCUUCAAGGCCGCCGUCUCCGACCCCAUCACCUGGGUCAUGCUCGUGCUGUACAACAUGCUCAGCUCGGUCGGCACCAUUUCCUACUUUUUCCCUUCGCUUCUCCAGACCAUGGGAUACGAGGGGCGCAAGCUCCAAUUCAUGACUGUCCCGAUCUACGUGGUUGCCAUGGUUGUCGGCUGCUCGGCCGGCGUGUUCGCCGACCGCACUGGCAUGAAGGCGUACACGAUUGUCGGCGGCGCGACCCUCUCCGUCAUCUCGUUCAUCAUUUGCGCUACCGUCAACAUGCCCCAGGUUCGCUACGCUUUCAUCUGCUUUGGCGCAGCGGGCAUCUGGACCAACAUCCCGAUCUUCCUCUCAUGGAUGGUCACCAUGUUCGACGGGCGCGAGAAGCGCGCCGUCUCCAUCGCCCUGGUUAACGGUUUCGGUAACCUGGCUUCCGUGUACGGGUCGUUCUUCUGGCCCUCGUCUGACGCGCCCAACUACACUACCGGCUUUGCGAUCACCACAGCCCUUUGUGGCGGCGCGGGCCUGCUCGUCCUCGCCACCAAGUGGAAGUACGGCGACAAGGGUGUCGAAUACACGGGCUGA